AUGGGCUUAAGACCAGCCACAUUGGCAUCACCCAUGAGCCAGUGCAGAAAUGCAACAUCUCGGGCCAUAUCAGACUUAUUGAAUUGGAAACUUCAUUUUAGUGGGUGCCUUAAGUGGGAAUCUGGGAAAAAUUGCAAAGUAUAUACCUUUUGUAAGGAUGGGACCUUGUUUGCCUGGGGCAAUGGAGAAAAGUUAGUGUUCAUUUACAUGGUAUUAUAUUUUAUGUCUUCAAAAGAUGGCACAGCUGGGGCACCCAACCUGCAACUUUUUGACAUGAAAACUGGAACAUGUUUGAAGUCUUUCAUCCAGAAAAAAAUGCAAAAUUGGUGUCCAUCUUGGUCAGAAGAUGAAACUAUUUGUGCCAGAAAUGUUAACAAUGAAGUUCACUUCUUUGAAAACAAAAGUUUUGCUACUGCUGUAUUGGUAAUAGCUAGUACAGAUGUUGACAAGACAGGAGCUUCCUACUAUGGGGAACAAACGCUGCACUACAUUGCAACAAAUGGAGAAAGUGCUGUCGUGCAAUUACCAAAAAAUGGCCCCAUUUAUGAUGUAGUUUGGAAUUCUAGUUCUACUGAGUUUUGUGCUGUUUAUGGUUUCAUGCCUGCCAAAGCAACAAUUUUCAACUUGAAAUGUGAUCCUGUGUUUGACUUUGGAACUGGUCCUCGUAAUGCAGCCUACUAUAGCCCUCAUGGACAUAUAUUAGUAUUAGCUGGAUUUGGAAAUCUGAGAGGUCAAAUGGAAGUGUGGGAUGUUAAAAACUACAAACUUAUUUCUAAACCAGUGGCCUCUGAUUCUACAUAUUUUGCUUGGUGUGCAGAUGGUGAGCAUAUUUUAACAGCCACUUGUGCUCCCAGGUUACGUGUUAAUAAUGGAUACAAGAUCUGGCAUUAUACCGGCUCAGUCUUACACAAGUAUGAUGUCCCAUCAAAUGCAGAAAUAUGGCAGGUUUCUUGGCAGCCAUUUUUAGAUGGAAUAUUUCCAGCAAAAACAAUAACUUAUCAAGCAGUUCCAAGUGAAGUACCCAGUGAGGAACCUAAAGUUGCAACAGCUUAUAGACCUCCAGCUUUAAGAAAUAAACCAAUCACCAAUUCUAAACUGCAUGAGGAGGAACCACCUCAGAAUAUGAAACCACAAUCUGGAAGUGAUAAGCCAUUAUCAAAAACUGCCCUUAAAAAUCAGCGGAAGCAUGAGGCUAAGAAAGCUGCAAAACAGGAAGCCAGAAGUGACAGGAGUCCAGAUUUGGCACCUACUCCUGCCCCGCUGAACACACCACGAAAUAUUGGCCCUCAGUCAACUUCUGGAGACCCGGAGACAGACAAAAAAAUCAAGAACCUAAAGAAGAAACUAAAAGCAAUUGAACAACUGAAAGAACAAGCAGCAGCUGGAAAACAACUAGAAAAAAAUCAGUUGGAGAAAAUUCAGAAAGAGAAAGCCCUUCUUCAGGAGCUGGAAGAUUUAGAAUUGGGUAUUUAA